AGACUCCAAUUUAUUACCUACACUUUGCCUUCAAUUCAUUCACCGAUUUCCUGAGAGACUCUACAUAAAUACAUGUGUUCUUUUUUUCCCUUUACUUUCUCUCUCUGAAAUUAUUAUCGCUGGCCUCCUGCCUGCGUACAUACAAAUUCCAGAUAGAUAGAUGUAUGGCCUUCUUGGAUCUUGGGUUUCCGGGAAUGGUUUCUUUCUUAGCUGGAAACAUGGAAAUUUCCUAAUUUCGUCCUUUAUUAGAUCAACCCAUUGUGGGAAAUCCAUCUUUUGACAGAUACAGCACAAGUUCUACAACGUUCUACCGUGUGGUUCUUCCGGUUCUUCUUCUUCUUCUUCUACCACGUCAAGGCUUCAAAAACAGCUUAAAAGUAGCUUUGAGCAGCCCAAGGACUCCAGAGCGCACCCCUACGUAUCCCAGAGAAAGGAAAAAUAAGGAAUCAAAUAUACAAAAUAGUAAUUUAAUAGUUCUGAGAUGAGUUCACGUGAUGGCUACGGUGUAAUGUCUGUGAGUUUUGCAAGCAAGAGGUUGGUGCUUCUUCUUUUCGUCCUGUUGAUUCAACUUGGAACUUCACCACUCACCAAUGGAGCUUCUCCUCGUGCUUAAAUGCUCUCCUGCUUUUAGGGUUUUCGUUUCUAUACCCGAGUGAGUGGGUAACCCGCCAUUGCUAUAUUCUAUUAUCUACUUCUUCAGCUGCUCUGCUCUGUUGAGAAGCUCUGAGGAAGUGAGGAUGGCUGAAAUAGGCUCCCUUUUAAGAGUUUAUUGCUAUGGUAGAUCUGAAGAUUUUGGGUUCUUUUAUUUUGGUUUUUGAAAAUGAUUUCUUGGAUUAAAAGCGCCAAAACACGAGUGCAAUGCAAAAAGGGUAUGCUAAAAAGUGCAAGAUUCCUUGUUUCUGGAGUUUUAGCAAUGUCUCCCUUCAUGGAAACUAAAUCAAAAUCAACUUUAAUGAUAUCAAUCAAGGGCUUCGCUUAGGACUAUUUCAAUUCUAUACCCAGAGGAGGCUUCAUAUUGAUCUCCAAGAUGAUGGAACCUCCAUUUUCAAGGUACCGUGUUAUCUACUUGUUCUUUUUGUUUGUCAUUUCUCAUUUUUUUCUGGUUACGUCAGACGAUGCCCAGGUGCUUUUAACCCUCAAGUCAUCAAUUGAUCCUUUGAACUCGCUGCCAUGGCCACAAGGAAGCGAUGCCUGCAAAUGGCAAGGGAUCAAAGAGUGCAUGAAUGGAAGGGUGACUAAGCUUGUUCUGGAGUAUAUGAACCUGAGUGGUACUCUAGAUGGCAAAACCCUUAAUCAAUUGGAUCAACUUCGGGUUCUAAGUUUCAAAGGGAACUCAAUUUCAGGCCAAAUCCCCAAUCUGUCAGGACUUGUCAACCUCAAAUCUCUUUUUCUCAACAGCAACAAUUUGUCCGGCGAUUUCCCAGAUUCAAUUACCAACUUACACCGGUUGAAAGUCAUAGUUUUAGCCGGAAAUCAAAUCUCAGGUCCAAUCCCAGCGUCGCUUCUCAAACUAACCCGAUUAUAUGUUCUUUACUUACAAGACAACAGCUUGGUUGGAGCAAUCCCUCCUUUGAACCAAACCAGUCUCAGGGUCCUCAAUGUGUCUAACAAUCAACUCUCCGGUCAGAUUCCAGUGACCUCUGCCUUGAUUCGGUUCAAUGCUUCCUCGUUUUCCGGUAACAUUGAUCUCUGCGGCGAACAGAUUCAAAACCCAUGUAAGAAUUAUGAGUCUGGGCCAUCAGCCAGUCCUGUUUCUCCGACGGUGCCAAGUUCAAAGCCAUCCUCAGAGCGCAGUAAAUUGAUCAAGAUUACUGCCGGCGUAGGUGGGUUUUUGGUACUUUGUCUAAUUUGUUUACUUUUAGUGUGUUUGGUGUGCCAGAAUCGCCGCAGAAAAGAGGGCUCAGUCGUCGGAGAGGGAAGAAGCAAAACCAAAGGGGUUGUUGGCGGUGGUGACAAUAGCGGUGUCAGCGGCGGAAAUGGAGGUGGCGGAAGUGGCAUGGGCGGUAAUAACGGUGGAACCCAAGGGGGAUUUUCAUGGGAAGGAGAAGGGUUAGGGACUUUGAUAUUCUUGGGUGCAGGAGAUCAGCAGAUGAGUUAUAGUUUAGAAGAUUUGUUAAAGGCCUCAGCUGAGACACUGGGAAGAGGUACUAUAGGAAGCACAUAUAAAGCUGUGAUGGAGUCUGGGUUCAUUGUGACCGUUAAACGGUUAAAAGAUUCGAGAUAUCCCAGGGUAGAGGAGUUUCGGAGACACAUGGACCUGCUUGGUAGGUUAAGACAUCCGAACUUGGUCCCACUCAGGGCUUAUUUCCAGGCUAAGGAGGAACGCUUGCUUGUAUAUGAUUAUUUCCCCAACGGCAGUCUCUUCUCUCUCCUCCACGGAACAAGGACUUCUGGCGGUGGAAAGCCUCUUCACUGGACUUCUUGCCUCAAAAUAGCUGAGGAUUUGGCAACUGGACUUCUAUAUAUCCACCAGAACCUUGGCUUAACCCACGGAAAUUUGAAAUCCUCCAAUGUGCUGUUAGGGCCUGAAUUUGAGUCCUGCCUCACUGAUUAUGGUCUGACAGUGUUCCGAGAUCCAGACAUGUUGGAGGAACCAAGUGCUACUUCUCUUUUCUAUAGAGCUCCUGAAAAUCGGGAAAUGCAAAAACCAUCCACUCAACAAGCAGAUGUCUACAGCUUUGGUGUCCUCCUCUUGGAACUCCUGACUGGCAAAACUCCUUUCCAGGACGUUGUUCAGGAACAUGGUUCAGACAUUCCAAGGUGGGUUCGGUCAGUACGCGAGGAAGAGACAGAGUCUGGGGAUGAGCCUGCCUCAGGUAAUGAGGCAGGUGAGGAGAAACUUCGAACUCUUGUAAAUGUUGCAAUGGCAUGUGUCUCAUAUGCGCCAGAGAACCGGCCCUCAAUGAGGGACGUUCUGAAGAUGAUAAGAGAUUCAAGGGCAGAAGCUCAUGUUUCAUCCAAUAGCAGUGACCAUUCACCUGGACGAUGGUCCGACACUGUUCAGAGCUUGCCUAGAGAAGAACAUUUGAGCAUUUGACUGGUUAGUGAACAUAGAUGCUUCAGUUUAAGUAUUUUGAUUUUAUUUGAGUUUUUUUUUUUCAAAUUAAGUCUUUUGAUUCUUCAACUAGGUUUUGUAGAGUCUACUGAUGUAAAGUAUCCGCUUCUAUUCUUAAUUUCUUAGUUUAGUUAGCUGGAGAUCAUAUAAGUUUGGUUGCUCAAUCUGCAAUUAGACAAUUGGUAGGGUCUUUGAUUUAUUCAUUGGGUGCAGUUCUUGUAUUCAGCUGAAUAGUUUCAUUUCCCAUCAACAUUUUAAUUCAUUGUUCUCUUUUUUCUCAAAA